AUGACAUCAACAGAAGACGAAGAUCCUUAUAUUCAAAUAGCUAAAUUACAUUCAGCUAAUUUACAAGCAGCUGAAUAUGGUUUAGCAUUAAUUGAUGAAAAGAAAGUUUUAGAAUUACAACAUAAAGAAUUAGAAAAUGAACAUGAAUUACUUAAAAUAGAAUGUGAACAAUUAAAAGUACAAUUAAAAACAUUACAAGUUACUAAACGUGAAGAAACAUUAAAAGGUGAAACUAAUGAAGAAACACUAUUAAAUGAAAAACAAACACGUGAAAAUUAUUUAAUGCAAGAAAUUACUCGUCAUGAACAUGAAUUACGUGUAUUAAAACAUGAUAAUGAACGCUUACAAACAGAAAAUGAAAAAAUUUCUUUAAAUUAUCAAGAAUUAACUGAACGUAUUCAUGAAUUAGAUGAAUUAAAAGUCAAAUUAAAAUAUGAAUUAAAAGAAACAAAAGCACAAGAACAAAGACUUAUUGAUGCUAAUACUGAAUUAGAAGAAGAUAAUGUUGCAUUACAACAACAAGUACAAAAACUAAGAGAAAAUCUUAUUGAUUUCGACGGAUUAAAACUUGAAAAUAAACAAUUACAAGAAAAUAUUGAUGAUGUACAUCGUAUGAUGAAAGAACUUGAAUCUCUAAAAGCUAUAGCUGAAUCUCAAUUAAUUGAAUUACAUGAUAAUCUUCGUGAUGAACGAGAACAAAAACACAUCUAUAAAAAACAAUUAGAUCAUAGAAUUCAACAAGAAUCUCGUCGAAAUUUAGAUUCAUUACGUAUGACAUUAAAUGGUCAUACUAAUACACAUACAGAUGAUGAAUAUUUAAUCGAAGGUGAUGAUGAUAUUGAAGAUGAUGAUACAAGUCGUGUUCCAUCAUCAACUGAAUACAGUGAUAUGCUUGAUAAUGAUCAACAAGAACAGCAACCAGUUGGAAAUUUAUUUAGUGAAAUUCAUGGUAAUGAAAUACGUAAACUUGAACUUGAAUGUUUACAAUUAGCUCAAAUAAAAUCAUCACUUGAUAAUCAAUUAUUAACAAUAAAUGAAAAAACAAAAAUACUUUCACAUAAAAUUCAACAUCUUAUGGAUAUAGUUAUACCAAAUAAACAAAUAUCAUCAGAAUCAACUUCUGAUGAUACAGAUCAUCUAUUAAUAACAGCAUUAGAUUCUAUUGAACAAAUUGAUUCAAUUAUUCAUAAAAAUCUUCAUGUAUUUAAUGGUGAUCAAGAUUUAUUAAAAAAGAAAUCUGAUGAACAAGAAAAUCUUAUUAUGAAAUUAAAACAAGAUAUUAAUAUUUUAAUGAAACAGUGCAAUGAUACACAAACAUUAUUUCAUAAAAAUCAUGACAAUUUAUUGCAUAUAAGUGAAGAAUUAGAAAUACUUCAUAAACAUAUUUAUACAUCGAUAAGUUCAUCUAUACCAACAAAUGAUUUUGAAACAAGGAAACAACAAUUAUUAAAUUUAAAUAAUAAAAUUAUUGAUCCAACAGUUAAUCAACAAAUAUUAGAUAUACUUCAAGAACAAGUUAAACAAUUGAAACAAUCAGUUGAUCAUAUAUUAAGUAAUACUAAACAACAGUCAAAAGAACAUUUAUCUACUAAUGAAAAUAACAAUUCAACUAAUGAAUUACCUAAUGAUACCAAAGAAUUACAAGAUCAAAUAAUCAAAUUACGUUCAUUAUUAACAACUAAACGUGAACAAAUUGGUACUUUACGUACUGUUCUUAAAGCUAAUAAACAAACAGCAGAAGUUGCAUUAGCUAAUUUAAAAUCUAAAUAUGAAAAUGAAAAAUUAAUUGUUACAGAAACAAUGUCAAAAUUACGUAAUGAAUUAAAAUCAUUAAAAGAAGAUGCAGCUACAUUUGCAUCAUUACGUGCUAUGUUUGCUGCACGUUGUGAUGAAUAUGUAACACAAUUAGAUGAACUUCAACGUCAAGUUCAUGCUGCUGAAGAAGAAAAGAAAACUCUUAAUUCAUUACUUCGUAUGGCAAUUGAACAAAAACUUGCGUUAACACAAAAACUUGAAGAUUUAGAAAUGGAUAAUGAACGAGCACAUAAUACAAUUACUGUUUCAAAACGAACACAUAAUUUAAAUAAUAAUAUAUCAUCAUCAAUGUUAACAUCACCUGUUUCUUCGGGAUCAUCACAUGGAUUAUUAACAACAGCAUCAGUUAAUAAUAAUACAACUAAUACUAAUCAGAAUACUGGUAAUAAUGGUCCAAUACAAGAAAUAAGACGAGGAAGAUUCAUACCACCAAGAAUGAUGCAAGCUCUUGCAUCAAGCAAAAAUCAACAGCCACAAAACAAACGAUAG